UUCUCUGACUCUUCUCUCUCAACAACAGCUCCAAUCCCAUCACAGCUCCAAAUCUCCCAAAAAGACCGUCGUUUUCCGACCAAAUACUCACCGGAAAAUUCCAAAAGGCCGUCAUUUCCAGGCGAAAAGAGUUUCGCCAGAAAAACCCAUCUCUCUAACAUCCCCAUCUCCCGUCCUCAAAUCUCUGCCGUUGAAAACCCACCAUUCCUAAAUCUCCAUCGAGCUUUUUCAAAUCUCGGCCGGAAAAUCACCCAAAAGCCGUCAUUUCCCGGCAAAAGAACCUCGCUGGAAAAACCCAUCAUGCCAUUCCAAGCCCAAUCUCAGAAGACGAGAAAAACCCUAGCAUCUGAGCUUCUGUAGUCCCAAAUCCAGACGCAAAUGGGAAGCUGUUGUAGCAAGCAGAAAAAGAAGCCGACUCCACCUCCGCAUCCCCAUUUCCCGGCGAAACCUCCCGUGUCAGAAUCUGACCCACAGCUCGAAGAUAACCUGAGCAGAGCUCCUCCCCCACCUCCACCUCCUCCUAUUGAAGAGGAGACGGUAAAGGAAGUGCUUCCGGAGACAUCAAAACCCUCCAUUCCGAAGUUCGAAGAAGAAGAUGAGAACGAGAAAAAAGCUCCGAUCGUGAUUAACGGCUGCGAUGAAAUCUCUGAAAUCUCCGAUCUCUGUAGCUUGAGCGAGAGCGUUUCCACAACAACGAUGACAGAGAAGAAAGGCGAGGAUGGAGACGACGGAGAGGUCGAAAUGCGGCGGGUAGAGAACAGAUCUCCGGCCAAGUUCCAACGGAAAAGGUCAGUUCCCGGCGACUUUACCGGCAGACGAGAUCGGGGUGGGAAGUCUCCGGCGAGGAGAUCAGAACCGUCUCCGGGGCGGAGGACGCCGGGGAGGGAACAGACGAACCGGGCUCGGAUUCCUGCCGGGAACCAUGGGUUCCGGCGAGAUGUAGGGGAGAAUUCCGGCAGAAGAUCGAGGUCUCCCGCUACGAGGGCGGAACGGAAUGCGGCGGCGAGGCGGGAUCUCGGCAGGAGCCCGUCUGCGAGAAAGACCGGGCGGUCGCCAGCGAGGAUUCCGGCGGGGUUGGCGGAUGAAGGUGGCCGGAGACCGGCGGAGAGGAAGGAGGAUGGCGGUGUUCCUCCGGCGAACGAAUCGCUCGAAAAUCCUCUGGUUUCUUUGGAGUGUUUCAUCUUUCUGUAAGUUUCCUUCUGCUGGUGGCCCACCUUCGCUGGGGCCCACAUGGAUGCAUGUUCAGCUGAUAAAGACCGUUCAUCUGAUGAGCUGUGUUCUUGAUGGACGGGUCAUAUCAAAAUCAUGAGGCUGAUGGGACAACAGCGACUGCUGGCUUUGUGUGUGUUUUCAACCGUCCAUUAAGCCCGCUAUAAUCGGGCCGUAUAUGGUUGCCAGCUGCUGUGAAAAACUGUACGAUUGCCCGUCCACUAGUGGGCCCCACCUCACCAGACGAUCCGAUUAUCUGUUUAUACGGCCAGGUGGUCCCAUUCCGGUUUUGACAGUGUUGCAGUUCAAGCGCGAAGAAUCCCAGAUAGACGGAAAUGAAGAUAAGAAGAAGGCUGGUAGUCGCGGGACCACUGGAAAUUGUGGUCCGCGAAAUCCAGACCGCACAUUCCGAGGUGAAUUUCCCGGCAAUUUUGAUUGACCGGAGGUUGUCUCCAUACGGGGGAAAGAAAAGUGUAAUUUCCAAUGCUUUCAGUAAAUGUGGUACGAUCUAGACCGUAGAUUUGUAGCAUUUAUUGAGAUGGCUAGAAUCAUCCGAUCUAUGUGACUUUUUUUUUAUUGUGGUCCCCUGAAAUGUGUCCUCAUCUAGCGGACAGUCGGGAUGGAUGGAUGGAUUGGACGGUUAAAAUUUGUGGGUGCAGAGCAGUGGACCAUUUUUUACCAUUUUCUUUUAAGACGGUGCGGUUGGGAGUAGGCCGAGAUUUUUGUCUUGUAGUGGGGUUGUUGCUGGGAUUGGGAAUGUAGCCGUUAUGUCUGUAAAAAAGAAAAAAGGAUAAAGAAAAGUAAAAAAAAAAAAAGGGUGAGUGGGAGAAGGUAUGGAAAAAAGAGAUAUUUUACUAUUAUUUUUUGACCUUUUUUUCACUGUGGGUGAUGUGGCAUGUAUUUUCCUCGUGAUCAGUGAUUGCGGAUCUGUUUUCGUGAUCCUGUUUUUCUUUCUCCGUGAAUCUGAUGGGCUUGCUUUUAGGAAAACUUUAA